AUGGAGACUUUUGAGGAUGGAGAGAAAACAUUUUUCAACUUAAUUCCAGUUACGUGGGUGAGUGGUGGAAAUGGAGGAGUAAAUAGUGCUACCCUGGAAUGCAAUUUUUUGUUCCCUGAUGAUGCAAAAUGGAUGGAGUACACUGGUAUUGUAAUCGCAAACAAAGCAGGGAAAUUAAAAUCUCGUCUUAUCAAAAAACACUGUGAUGACAACCUUCCAUUUCAAGAAUGGACGGACUUUAACAAUGAUGGCUCAAUUGCCAAAAAGCGAAGAAGUAAACUGCCUGCUAAAAUUGCAGGACAGCCUCGUGUUCUAAAAAAGGUGGCCAGCAAACACGUUACACCACUUCGCACCCUCACUCAAGAUUCUGAAGGAGAUGAUGGUGACUACGAAAGUGAUUCAUCUUUGUUGUCCACCAACGCAGCACCUCUUCGAAGCAGGGUCCAACCCUCUUUUACUACAACAACUCAAGUAAUAGCUGCUGGACCACUAACUCAACUAGCUGCUGGACCACCAACUCCACUACCUACUGGUCAAACAACUCCACAAGCUUCGCUGUACAUGCCUUACUCGUCUUCAUUCCAACCUCAAAUAGAUGUAGGCGAUAAUGUUCGUGGAGUCUUUUCACCUGCUAUUUCUAGCAUUCAACAAUUGUUGUCGCCGAAUUACGGUGGUUCUUCUGCUGCCACAAGUGCCUAUUAUGGUUCUUCUGAUUUCUAUUCUACAUUGAAACUGCAACCUGGACCAUCUGCCAAUUACAAUCAAGUUCAUUUGAAUACUGAAUAUUCAAGAACCGACGAGUCCACACGAAGUUUCUCACCUUUAGAAAUAGGAACUAGAAACAAUCCUCAACAUUCAGACACAUUAAUUGAUAAGCUUAUCGAUAUAAUUGCUGAACUCAGCUUAAAAGUCGGUUCUCUGGAGACUGUUAUGGAUCAUGGUUUUAAGUCAAGCAAUGAAAUUUUGCAACGCCUGUUGAAUUCCACAGCACAAGCUAAUAAUGCUCUUCCCGACCAACGGAUUAAGCGAAACAUCCUUUCUUAUCAAACGUACGUCGCAGAGUAUAUUAGUAAAACGAAACAAAUCUUUUCUGUACAGACACUGCAAAAUUUAGAAAGUGUUUGUAAACUCGAUUUAACAUUUAGAGUUUCUUUGGUAAUAAGCGUAAUUGAGCUGUUAAGAUCGACAACAUAUUAAAAUGUCUAACCCUAUUAUUUCUUUUCUAGGCUUGUCAUUUUCUUAACUUAUCUCGUGAGGAUAACACCGAUUCCAUUUGUAUGGCUACGUGUAUGAAGGCGGCCCUUACGGAUGAGCUCAUGGACCAGCUUCAGUGGAAACCUAAAAGGGGAGAAGAUUCCCGAUGACCUAUCGGUAUUGAUUCACUUCAUCUCUGUUUUGGGAGCCACUCUGACACUACGUUGUCGUGCCAAAGGCCAACCACAACCAACUUGCCAAGAUCUAAAAAAAGUCUUACAAAAGUGCCGCAAAGAAGGAGGAUCGAGACAUCGCAAGUGGUUAAAAAUGAUGGGCAGACCACCAGUUAAUAAUCCACCUGCCGAAGAUUCCGUGGGAAGUGAUGUAGAAAAUCAAAUAUUUGUCUCAGAAGUAGGGCCAUUGAUAACAGUUCUCAUUGGAGACAUUAUGAAAUUUGAACCACAAUCUCAAUAGUUGUAAGACAAUUUAACUGUAAUUGUAAUCUGUAUUUACAGUUCACUGUAAGAAUUUUGUUUUAACGCAUGUUUACUUUCCCGGAGAAGGGCCAUUACUAGUCGAGUGCAAUUCUCUAUGUAAUGCUGUUUUUGUUAACAAAUAAACUUUGUUCGAAUUUAUCUAAAAACUUUUAUUUCAUCCAAUUUCCACCCGGUGUGUGCGUAAUAAGUAAAAUUGAAUGGGGUUU